AUGAAGAAGUUCAAGCGCAGUGCGCAAUCGCAGCCAAAGCAUGGCAAACCGGCGUCCAGCGGUGCAUCCAAAGCACCAGUUGCGCCUCCAAUCCGCCGCCCAGGAUGGACCGGACCAAGCUAUUUACACAAACCUGCCAAAAAGACACCUACACCAGCGAAAGAUACCAACCCGAUAGAACAGAUCCAGAGUCUAUCUAUUAAGCAUCAACAGCUCGUUCUUGAUACAAUCAGGACUACAUUCCCUGCUGUGGACGAGUUCGACACCUUGAAACCAGUGUUGCGCGAGAUCAGAGAAGCGCUGGAGCAAAAGGACUUUAGCAAAGCGUUCGGGAGCGAAGAGUUCAUGGAGGCGUAUACGAUUCGAUGGAGUCCGAGUAGAGCUUUGACGAUUGGGAAUGUGUUGGCGUGGAUGUGCAGUGAGAUGAGCGAGGCUGCGUGGGUCCAGCAGUUCCUUCACAAUGAAAAGCCUUCCAAGAUUGUGUGCUUUGGACGAGGAGCAUCUGACUUAUUAGCGUGCGUGGCAUUGCUAAAGCAUUCUCAUGAAAGUGAACCCGACGAACUCCCUCGGAUAGAGUCAACUUCUCCUGAUCACAACGACCGUGCUAUGGUUGAUCUCAACCUCAUUGAUAGACACGAUUGGUCAGGCAUCGUCACAAAACUACAACAUAUGCUCACACAUCCCCCUCCUCUCUCCAAAUAUGCGACAGAAAAGGCCCGCGCUUCAAAUAUCUCCGCCCUCCCAUCCCAAGCCAUAAAUCUAGCAGUCAACAACCUCGACAUCCUCAAAAGCGAUAAUCCAACCCUACAUACCAUGAUUGGGCCCAACCCCGCGCUCAUCACUCUCUUCUUCACACUCCACGAAUUCUAUUCCAUCUCUAUAUCCAAAACUACAGCCUUCUUGUCAAGACUGACCGAGACAGCGCCCAAAAGAAGUCUAUUGCUCGUUGUUGAUAGCCCCGGAGCUGAGGUUGUGCUGCCUGGUAGUAGCGACAAAGGGGAGGAAAAGAAAUAUCCGCUCGAGUGGCUACUUUACCAAGCUCUACUACCGCCUAAGAGCGCAAAUUCGGAGGGGCAGGGAGAACCAGCAUGGAGGAAACUUAUUAAUAGUGGUCAUGAAAAGGAGUACAAGUUACCUGCAGGACUGAGAUAUCCAGGAAGUCUGGAGAAUACCAGGUUCCAGGUGCACCUAUUGGAGCGUUCAUAA